CAAGGUGAGAAACAGUUGGAAAGGUUUCCCGGGUGUUUGGCGUUAUUGCUGUGUCCAUUGAUGUGAACUAACUUGAAACGUUUAUAAUGGCGAUGUUAUCCCUGUAUGCUAUCUGCAUCCAGAAAACCAUCAGUCUUUUGAAGCAAGGGGAAUUCGACAGCUCUCCUCAGAAUCCUUUUUCAUGGUUGGCACCUGUUAUACUUGAUGAUCUAUUGAGGUAUUUUCUGUUCUUACCUCACAGAGAACGCCCAAGAAUUGCAGAUUUGCGACUUCUCUUUACAAGUGGAAGACUUAGGCAUAUGAAUUUAUCAGUAUUCAAAAUAGACGAGGAUCAGGAUUUGCUGCUGACUCUAUUGACUGAAAAAUCCUGCAAGUUAUUGAAAUCUAUCACUGUACCUAAGUCAAUUAAGAGUGAUAUUAUCGAAGGAAUUCUUUUGUUGAGUCCUAACUUAGAGUUAAUUCAUUCUGCUGUAAAAUUCAACCUACAAAUCUUAGAAAAUAACAAAAAACUUCGGAUUUUGAAGCUACAUCUUUCAACUCGGGUAGUCUCUGAGUUGUUCAGUCAAAACAAAGCAGACGUUUUACACUCCUUGCCAAAUCUACAAAGUUUAAGUUUUUGUGAACAAUCGGAUUAUUUCUCAUCCUGGAAAGAAAUAGCUUCGAUUUUAAAGAACUGUCCACAUUUGGUGUCAAUAGGAUAUGCUGAUUCAUCAAUGGCAAUCCAAGAAAUGCAAAGAACUAAUCUUCAACUGAAUAUGAGGAGAUGUUUAUGGGGAUCAAAAUUCUGGAAUUUAAACUGGAAUUUAAAAUCUUUGCUACUUCCUUUAGGCAAGGAGGUAUUACCCCACAUCAUUAAAAAAGCUGUGUCAUCAUGCAAACUAGUGGAAGAAUUAUUUAUGGUGGUAUCUCACGGAGACUGCUUACAAUAUUUAGCAGAACUUAAGAAACUGAUUUUACUGAGUGUUUCAUUUACUAAUACAUCGGUUGAUUGCAUGCCUAUUUUUAUUUCUCUCCUCAAUGAUAUUGGACACCAACUUAAACAUGUCUUUAUUCAACAUAUUGAAAGAACUGCAGUGGAUAUACUUUUAAUCAAAUGUCCAAAUUUAAUUUCUCUAAGAAUUAAUGGACCAGUUUUUGUUUCUGACACUACAACUAGAAUUCCUAGUUCCAUUCUAUUAAAAAGACUGCGUCUUUCGAUAACUGAUGAUAAAACUCUUUUAUUUUUGCUUCCGAGAUGCCUAUAUUUACGAGAAUUGUAUUUAGAUUUUGCCCCAAAUUUAAAUGAUGACCUGCUAUUCAGAAUUUUUAAUCAAAAUUCUUUCUUACAACUUCAGAUAGCAUCAAUUUGCGAUUGCAAGCUUUCAAGCAGAGGAUUACGUCUCUUUCUGAAAGCUGCAAUUUCCUUGAAAAAAGUGUCUUUUUGUCCUUUUGGGGCAAUUGUAACAAGCAUUAUUAAUAAAUGUAAUCUUCAGAUUGUUAAUUGUCGGGCUUACAGUCUACAGAAAAAAGAGUUCUUCCACUUGAAAUUCAGUUCCUGUCAUUUCUGAUGACUCAUAACUAUCAUUUACAUGUUUGUUUAUUUUUUUUUCCAAAAACAGCAAAAUUUUGGUUUGCUUAAUGUACUAUUUUCUUGAAAUAUUAUACUUAUCAUUUUUCGUUAUAUUAGACAAAAUUAGUGAUUGUGUUUUGGUAAUUAUUCUGAAAUACACUAGAUUUCAUUGUAAUUCGAGUCAUAUAUUUUGAAUAAGUAAAGAUUUUUCUCUGUUGCCUUAUAACCUGUAGAACUUUCUUUAAGGUUUCAUAUACAUUGCAUUUUAUAUGCAUUUAACAAAUGUUAGAAAUAUUUUAAGUUGAUUCUAGGCAGUAAUUUGAUGGAAACUGAUUAUUCAUUACUAGAAUGAAACAAUACUGUUAGUGACUUUCCACAAACUUCUUCAAUGACUAUAUAGAAAUUAUAGUUUGAUCUAAAUAUUUUAUUUAUUUUAUCUUAAACCUUUCAAUUGAAAAGGCUGAUAUGGAAAUGAUAUAUAAAUGCAAAACAUGAAACAUUAUACGUAUCCUUUUUCAUAAUAUUAGGCAAAAUGAGUGUUUAUGUUUCGGUAAUCAUUUUAGAAUAUAUUAAAUUUCACUGUAAAACGAGUGCUAAGAUUUUUCCUAUUUCAUUAUAAUCUGGAGAGCUUUCUUUAAGGUUUCAUAUAAAAUGUGUUUCGUAUGCGUUUAGCAAAUUUUAGAGAAAUUCGAAGUUGAUUUUAGGCAAUAAUUUGAUAGAAACUGAAUAUUCAUUACUGUAAUGAAACUUUA